UCUCAACAGGUAAUGGGAAAGGCUCGCUCUUUCCUUGUCCAGGCUUUUUGCCUGCAACACAUGCAAGUGAUUUACUGGCUGACUGGUUGUACAUGCUACAGUGUCGCUCACAUUUCUCAGGAUUUAAUCCAAAGUUUUGGUCCGGGCAUCAAAAUCUGGAUAACUCCAUAAAUAACUUUGAGGCAGCUGCCGGAUUUCAUGAUCUGCAUCUCAUUUCCUUUAGUUCCCUGCGUUCCUCGCCUGUCAGCGGUAGAGAUUGACUGCCUGACCGACUCAGCGUGGCUGAUGUUUAAUGAAUCUGCCGGUGCUGAAGCAUACAUCAUCACAGCAAAUAACACUAAGGGAAUGGUCCAGAUAUUUGAGUGCAACACCACGUCAGAUGUGACGUGUGACCUUCCACCACUGAUGUGCAGCCAGAAUCUGACCUUUACUCUGAAGGCUCGAAACCAGCAGUGCACCAGUGCACCCAGCAACGCUAUCUCCAGAGAAACACCUCCCUGUCCUCCAGUUAACGUCAACGAAAUAGUGAACUGUGACAAAGGAGCAAUCACAAUCAGCUGGUCAGCUGUUCCUGGAGCAGUGACGUACACGGCCACCCUGGAAGAGCUGACCACUGGUAAAUCGAAAUGCUGCACCACAUCUGGAACCACCUGCAACAUCACUGGUCUGCCGUGUGGAGAAAUGUUUUCUCUGCAUGUCACGGCUGAGGGACGAACCUGCAACAGCUCAGAGAGCGACAUCAUAAUGACGAGGACAGCACCGUGUGUUCCCGAUAAUCUGAAUGCAAAAAUGAGCUGCAGCAACAAUGUUGCUACCAUGUCGUGGAAUCGCAGUAACGGAGGGCAACUUUACACCGUGACAGCAGUCAGUGGCGGUGGCCAGGUGGAUGUGUGCAGUUCUCCUGACAACCAAUGUGAUCUGACAAAUCUGCAGUGUGGACUGAACUAUACCGCUACGGUGACUGCAGAGGACAUACAGUGCAAGAGCAAACCAAGUGACAGUGUGACACUUAAGACAGUACCGUGUACUCCUGAAAAUACCUCCUCUGUGAUGGACUGUCAGGCCAAUUCUCUGGUUGUUUCCUGGUCUAAGAGCUCAGGAGCGGAUUCAUACAUCGCCACUCUUCAGGACAGCAAUGGCCAGAGCACAACCUGCCAGGGAACAACCGAGGGCAGGUGCAAUGUCACAGGAGUCGGCUGCGGUCUAGUCUACCAUGUCUCAGUGGUCUCCUCGGAUGGAUACUGUCAAAGCCCGCCCACGCCAAUUCUUAACACACCUUCAGUUCCAUGUAUAUCGAGACAAAUCCAGGCAAGGAUGGACUGCAACACUGGGAAAGCCUUAGUGUCAUGGAACCCAAGUGAUGGAGCUCUUUCAUACAUAGUCAUGGCCACUGGACCUCCUGGUCAAAAUGUUAACUGUAAGACCAACAUGACCUCCUGUGAGCUGCAAGGUCUUUUGUGUGGUUCGAGCUAUUCUGUAAGUGUGAUGUCACAAGGCGAGAAAUGCAGCAGCGUAGCUAACAUGGUGGGGAAUCUGGUCACAGGGCCGUGCCCCCCUGAACACAUCACUUCUCAAUACUCCAUGACAAUUGGCCAGGUGCAGUGGGAUGUGGCCAACGGUGCCAAGUACUACAUUGUGAAUGGGCAAACAGAGCAGGGCCUCAGUGUCUCCUGCAACACCAGUGACACCUACUGUGCGUUGUAUAACAUGAUGUGUGGACAGAUCUACAACAUCACAGCCACCGCAAACAACCAAGUGUGCAAAGAUGUGUCCUCUGUUGAAGCAGCUACCAUCACGACCGAGCCCUGUCCGCCCAACAAUGUGGAAGCCAGUGUGAACAGUCAGAAUUACCAAGGGACAAUAUCGUGGGAGGCCACCUUGGGUGCUGUGAGCUAUGAGGCUCAGCUCAGAGGACGUGAUGGCCACUCACUAAACUGCACCACUAAUAACACAUUCUGCACUGUACAAGGCCUCCACUGUGGGGUUGUGUACUACACCAACGUAAUUGCUAAUGGAGGAACUCUGCCCAGUAGCCCUUCCGCCACUGUGCUGCUGGUUUCUGCUCCCUGUAAAGCUGAAAAUGUUGCUGGUAUCCUGGACUGCUACAACAACUCAGCGACAGUCUCCUGGAGUUUAGGCUCAGGAGCUAGCUCCUACAUGGUGUCUGCGUCAUCAGCGGAUGGCUAUUACACUUACUGUCAGACUGAUGGGAACCAGUGCACCUUGACAGAUCUGCAGUGUGACCAGAUUUACAACGUCACCUUAUCAACCAUCAGUACCCACUUUCAAAUUGACACACCCACUAAUGUGACCUUCAACACACGCCCAUGCAAACCAAGGAAUGUUGGUGUGGACCUUCAGUGCGGGACAAGAAUAGCCAACUUGUAUUGGAGCAAAAAAGACUAUGUGGAGCUCUACUUGACCACUGCCACCUCUAGCAUGGGAACAACUUUGAAGUGCAACUCCACCAACUCCACCUGCCAAUUCCCCAAUUUAAAUUGUGGGGAAUUGUAUGUAUUCUCAGUAACAGCUUACAGUAAAAUGUGCUUCAGCGAAAACAGCAGCAUCGUGGAGAUUCAAACAGAACCUUGCCAGCCAACUGGUUUGUCAGCCAAAGGAUCAUGCAACAAUGACACAGUUGUGCUAAACUGGUCCAAGGCUAAAGGGGCACUGAUUUAUGAGGUGACUGCCUUUGAAGACCAGGGAUAUGUAGCAACUUUCCAAACGAACAGCACGACAUUAGAAACUGAUCUGCCAUGUGGACACCAGUUUAACUUCACUGUAAAAGCUCAAGAUAAUAGAUGUGAGAGCCCUCAGAGCAAGGCAGCACACUACAAGACAGGUCCCUGCAUCCCUGAGAAUUUGGAUAGCUACACAAACUGUGAGGACAAUCUGGGCUCGGUCAGCUGGUCCGUCGCUGCCAAAGCAGAGUGGUAUCUGGCUGUCGCAAUGGGACAGGAUGGCAACACCUAUGAGUGCACCACGAACGCAACCACCUGCAUCUGGAAUAAUCUGCAUUGUGGUCAAAACUACACAGUUAACGUUGUUGCAUUUGACUACACGUGCACGAGCAUGCCAAGCAACAGAACAAUAAUCCGGAUGGCACCGUGUAUACCAAAUAAUCUGAAAUCGUCUUUUAACUGCACUACAAAGGUGGGAUCACUGACUUGGAAUGCAAGUAAAACUGCAGAGUUUUACAUCGCAACUGCAGAAACCAUCAGUGGCUACAAAGUACAGCUCAGCACCAACAACACAAAGGCCUACUUUUCUGAGUUUGCAUGUGGUCAGCAGUACUUCCUGUCUGUUCAGGCAGCAGACUCAGUUUGUACAAGUCGUUCCAGUCCACCUUCAACGGUUAUGUCAGAGCCCUGUCCACCCACCGGUGUUUCCAGCCUUAUGAACUGCAUCUCCAGCAUAGCUAUGGUGUCGUGGGUCACUUCAACUGGAGCACAGUUCUACAUCGCUACAGUAACAGCAGCGGAUGGCAGUUCAAAUAUCUGUGCCUCUGAUAGCGACCAGUGUGCCAUGCCGAAUGUCCCCUGUGGACAGAAUCACACAGUGACUGUCGUCGCCUCCGACAAUGUCUGUAAUUCAGACCCUAGUGGGCCUAACAUUCUGCAGUCAGUUCCUUGUAUUCCAACUAAUGUGAAAAUAAACAUCAGCUGCUCCAACAAUAAAGCAGUUGUGUCCUGGAAUCCUAGCAAGGGGGCUCUGAGGUAUACCGUGGUAGCUGAGAGUACACUGGGAGCUAUUGCCAACUGUAACACUACAAAACUAUGGUGUACUUUGACCAACUUGACGUGUGGACAACAAUACUCCGUCCAGGUGACUGCACAGGAUAACAUCUGCUCAAGUUUGCCCAGCCCACCUGUUGACUUCCAGUCAGUUCCCUGCAUACCCAACAAUGUCUCAGUGGCUUUGGACUGCAUCACCAACUCAAUCCUUGUGGACUGGCUGUUUGCUGAGGGUGCCUUGAAGUACAAAGUGAAAGCUCAAUCGUCCACUGGCCAAGUUUCUACCUGCAACGCCAACAUCACCAGCUGUGAGCUGGGGAACCUGCAGUGUGGCCAAACCUAUAAUGUGACUGCAGUGGCCUUAAAUGAUCAGUGCAGCAGUCCGCCCAGUAAUAUGUUGCAGAUGGAAACAGUGCCUUGUCCUCCAAAGAAUGUUGCAGUUGUUCUGGACUGCUACAGUAACACAGCACAGGUAAACUGGCAGGCCAGCAGGGGAGCGCAAUCCUAUAUUGUCCAAGCUCUUGGCAUCGAAGAAGGUGAAAGUAGCUGUUCCACAAACUCACUUUCCUGCACUCUGCAAGACCUCAAGUGUGGCUUCACAUACAACGUCAGUGUGAUUGCUGUGGACAGUAUGUGUAAUGUGUCGCAGAGUGACGUUCAACUGCUGCAAGCAGUGCCUUGUGUACCAAACCUGGUGCAGGCUCAUGCGGUUUGUGAAUCAGGUGGGGUGAUGGUCUCCUGGGAGCCAAGCAAAGGGGCUUUAUUUUACACCACGCUUGCCCAGAGCAGUGGUGUAAACCCUUCAAAAUGCAACAGCACUGACACAACUUGCCAGUUCAAUGACCUACUGUGUGGCCUCAAAUACUCAAUUGCCGUCAUUGCUCAAGAUAAUAUGUGUAGCAGUAUUGAAAGCUCUUUUGUCGAAAUCAACACAGUGAAAUGCGUACCACAGAAAGUAAAAGCAGAGAUGGUGUGCAGGAACAACACAGGCGUGGUGUCAUGGCAAGGAGAUCCGGCAGUGUCCUCCUACAACGUGCAAGCUUUUGGUCCCGAUGGUAACAAAAUACAGUGCAACAGCAGUGAUAUCAGUUGCAAGCUGCCGGGCAUGCACUGUGGCCAGCUCUACAACCUGACGGUUACAGCUCUGGAUGGACGCUGUGACAACAGCAAUGCCUACCUCACCCUAGAGUCUGUUGCUUGUAAGCCAACAAACGUCAAAGCUUCUCUCCAGUGCAACACAAACUCUGCUGCAGUGACAUGGGAGAAAGCCAGCGGAGCCCUCUCUUAUGUUGCCAUGGGAGAUUCAGAGGAUGGAAGUCAGCACUUGGAGUGCAAUAACACCAUGACAUACUGUCGCCUGAAUGACAUGAUGUGUGGACAUACCUACAACGUGAGCGUGUUCAGCCAGGAUAAGUCCUGCUCCAGUGUUAAAAGCGACAUUGUGCGCGUGAGAUCAGCCCCUUGUCCACCCCAAAACGUGUCUGCUAAAGUAAGAUGCGCUGAUGGUGCCAUUUUAGUCUCCUGGUCUCCCAACCCCGAUGCCCAGUAUUUUCAUGCUUUGGUUGUGAGCAACACUGGAGCCAGAUUCUACUGUAACUCCACUGUCAACAAUUGUACAGUUUCCAUUUCUGCCCCACCACCUUGCGGUCAGAACUACAGCAUCACUGUGCAGUCUGUCCGAGACAGUUGUGAGAGCAAACCUAGCGCUGUAGCAACGACUGGUUCAGCUCCAUGUGUGCCCAAGAAUGCUAAAGGCUCUCUGGAUUGCCUCUCGAAUGCUGCCUGGGUGUUGUGGGACCAAUCAGUCGGGGCAACCAGCUACUUUGCGUUGGCUCAGGCAGCCGACGGCCACAGCUUCAACUGCACGUCCUCCUCCACAACCUGUGAAAUUACAGAUCUGAAAUGUGGAAUGCUUUACACGUUCUAUGUCACAGCGACGAAUGAGUUCUGCAGCAGUAAUCACAGCAACACCUUUGAACUUGAGACCGGUCCUUGUGCUCUACAGGCCAUCAGUGCAUUUACUGAUUGCAACAGUGAAAUCAUCAUGGUUGAAUGGGAGCAAAAGCUGGACAUGCCUCUCUACCUGGUUACAGCUCAGGCCGAUGAUAAAUCUACGAUUUCUUGCAACAGCUCAUCCAAUUCAUGCCUCCUCUUCAAUGCCCAGUGUGGCACACAGUACACUAUCGUAGUGUCAGCUUCUUCUGACAAGUGCAGCAGUCUGAGAAGUCCUCCAACAAAGAUUAAAACUGCACCAUGUGUUCCAAGCGAUGUGACAGUGGUGCCAUUGUGUGACCAGAAUGGGGCUGCAGUGUCAUGGGCAAACUCGGCUGUGGCCACAUCCUACUAUCUGACGGCCACGGGGCCAAAUGGAGAUGUUGUAACCUGCAACAGCUCAACAAACAACUGCACCCUGCCGAUGCUUCACUGUGGCCAGACGUAUGGCUUAAGCAUCACGGCCAAAGGAGACAACUGUACCAGCUACCCCAGCCACAUGCCGUAUAAAACAACACCCUGCCCACCCACCAAUCUUGCUGUGGAUACUGACUGUUACACCAACUCUGCUGUCCUGUCUUGGAAUAAAACUGACAAUGCUAUUGAAUAUUUUGGCCUGACACAGUCUGGGAACCAGGAUCCUCUCUACUGUGACAGUAGUACCACUUCCUGCACAUUCCAACCCCUGCAGUGUGGUGCCAUUUACAAUUUCACUGUUAAAGCCUUUGAUGGCACCUGCAAUACCUCAUAUAGCUUACCUUUUGAGAUGGGCGCAGCACCAUGUCCACCAUCUAAUGUGAGCAUUCGCAUGCAGAGAAUAAAACAAAUGUACUGGGCCAUGACAUCAUGGAGCCUCGUCAACUGUUCAGGCGUUGAGUACAUGGCAAAAAUACAAGGCCAAAUUGGAAACAACCCUCAAACUCUGAUGAAUGUCACCUCUUACUGGCUGCGCAGACCAUACUUUGAGCUACCAAUACCUUGCAGCACAGCUUUUAACAUGACAGUAUUCUCCAGAAACUCAGGUGGAGUCAGCAAGCCCUCCAGCAUCUACUCUGGAAUCUCAGCUCCCUGCCCUCCACAGGGGGUGAAAUAUUCAGGUAACACGCAGUCCGCUGUGCUGUCCUGGAAUGCAUCAGCGUUAGCCACAAGCUACACAGUCUACAGUGUAUUAGGGGGAAGCCGUGUGAAGCUCUGCAACACCACCGGGCUCUCCUGCAUGUUGACCAACCUUGAUCUUAAUACCACUGAAGUGAAAGCAUGCAAUAAAGUUGGAGAAAGCAACCCUAGUCAAAACAUUACAGGACCAACGAGUGCACGCAGACGACGAGAUCUGCAUGCCACACAGGAAAUGUAUUUACAGUAUGAUUAUUCACAGGAAGAUGAGGGCAUCACAGACCUUAAACGCCCAGAGGUGGUGAGUGUAACCAUAAGUGGAAGGUCUUUGCAUGUGAAAUGGAAGAUGGUCGAAAAUGCAGAAGAGUACACACUUAUCUUAGAGGACGAGCAGGCAAACCUGCCACUGAGAGUGAGACACGUGAAGGGUGAUUUUCACAAAGAGACUGGGAUCCAACCUGGAACCAACUACUGCGUCAGAGUGGCAGCCAAGAACAACAACUACACUGUCAGCCAAAGCAACUACUCUAAGCCGAAGUGCACAAACAUUGAGGCCUUGUAAAAGAACAAACACACACAGGAUUCACUUACAUAGAGACUGGAUUAAAGAGAGAUCACUUUGGUUACAUGCUUGUCUCCUCUACACAUUAGCAUUUAUCACAGGGUAGUUUCUGCUUUGAUUUCAAUAAAAAAUAGGAAUAUAACUAAAUAAGAUGUGAUUGCACAUGUGAAACCAUAACAAAAUGAUUAUCUUUGGGGUACAUCUUUCUUUGUCACAAUGACGUUACGCAUUUUAAAUCUGAACUUUUAGCCAUUAUAGCUAACGAGAUACUGCUGAAACUAUAUUUAUCAAAGAUGGGUAUGUUUUUGAGAUAGGUCAUUAGACUCUGGAUGAUUGUCAAACCAAAACAAAUAUUAAUAAACUGAAAACCAUUCUGUA